AUGAGUAAUCCACUCGCCGACUACUUGUCUGCCAUCGAGGCUCGCGAUGCGCAGGAGAAGGCGCACGAAGAGUACAUCAACGCAUACACAAAACUUGCCGACCGCACAGCAGCUAGUCUAGCAAAGCAGCCUGCAUCUGCUGCCGAGGACGCUGAUACCACCCCUACUGCAUCCAAGACCAUUCGACCUGGGACUCCUAAAGGCAAAGGAGCUGCAACUGUGGCAGAUGUGUCGCCGCCUUCUUCACUUGCGCAAAUACGCGCUGAGCUGGCCAACACGCAACGCACCCGCAGCGAACUAGAGACCAAGCUCAGCGACGUAAACUUGGAGCUAUCUGCGCUCAAAGCCUCAGACUCCCUCCAGAAGCAGCGCAUAGAACAGCUCGAGAAGGCGAAGACGAACUUGGAGCGACGCGGCAAGGAUAGAGUGGACGAGCUGAAGGGCAAGGGCAAGUUUGUCGAGGAUAUUCAGGAUGAGAUGGUGGCUCUGACGCUGCAGCUCAACAUGGCAGAGCAGGAGAAGCAAAAGCUGAAAAAGGAGAACGACGAUCUGACGAAGCGGUGGGUGCAGAAGAUGGAGGAGGAGGCCAAGCGUAUGAAUGACCGCAUGGGAUGGGAAGACCAGACUGGGUGGAGGAAGGGCAGUCGUAGCUGA